AUGUAUAAACGACCCAAUGAUAUAAAUAAACGACAACGACAAGUUACGCUCACGAUACUCAUAAUAACAACAUUUCUCAUAUUUCAAUACUUCACCCGAUCCAAAGCAUCGACAAUGGCAUCAUCGUCGUCACCAAUACUGAAGAGGACAACACCUCCAUUGGAUACUAAAGUGAGGAAAGUACUGAAUACAGACGCAUGUCUACAUGUGCCAUUCUUGGAUUCCAUGAGCACGUUCUGGCAUUUCGGCGGUACGGAUGUCCAAGUGAGAAAUACAGAAUCCAUCAAGUUGGUAAGAAGCGGUGAUGCUAUCGGUUCAUAUGGGAGAGUCAUAUCCAAUGGUGUUGGUGAUAAUGUCAUUGAUGAUUUUGAAGUGAGAUAUGAGUUCAAAUGGAGUGAUGGUGUCGGGGAAGGUGUUGCGUUUGUCAUUGCCGCUGAGAAUAAUUUCAUGAAGAUGAGCGAUUGGAGGUCCAGUUAUGGGAAGAGACAAUAUGUUUUGAACUCUGGUGGUGUAGAUCCUGAUAAUAUGGAAUUGAUGGGGUUCCCUCGGAAUUUGCCCGGGUUGGCAGUUGUCAUUGAUACUUUCCAUGAGAACACCCGGAAUGAGAUGGAGAAAUAUCAACCUUAUCUGGACAUAUUUGUUAAUGUUAAUCCGAUGAGAGAUCAUUAUGAUUUGGCGAGUGAUGGGUUUAUAAGUACGUCGAAGAGAGUGAAUAAGAACCAUAUUAAAUUGAAACCUUUCUCUAAUGGGAUUGUACAAUUAAGAAUUAUUUACAUGGAGAGUGUAAAUUUUUUGAAAGUGGAUAUUCAAUAUGAUAAUGAUGGUAGGUGGAUUGAACUUUUUCAAACGGAGGAAGAUUUGGAGAUACCUAAAAAUCGUUAUUCCAGCCAAAGAUAUAUUGGUGUGGGGUCGCUUAUCGGGGAGUCCAGUGGUACGUUUGAAUUAUUGAGAAUAGAAACUAAUGAGUUUCAUACCAAUGAUGAAGGUACGGGCAAACUAUCCUCGGAACAGGCUGAGUUAUUCCUUUCUGAACAAUACGGUAUCAAGAAAGUCAAUGCUAUGAGUCGACAUUCCACAUUUGUCACAUAUAUUUUGUGGGUUUGGAAGUGGAUGUUGCUGUUUGUCAUAUUAGCAUUAAUGUACUUGACAUCUGUGUAUGUGAGAGUGAGUAAGAAACAUUUGACGCAAUUAAGAAGACGACGUCGUCGGGGUAAAUCUGUAGGACUGUUACCCACUUGA